AUGUUGACCGGACCAGCGUGGCAUGACAUAACAACCACAUGGCAUUGUAGGGCUAAUCUCUGGACAUCUGGCAAGAACGCAAUUAUUGGACCAUUAGGGCGACCACCACCCAUCAUUCCGGUGACUGUUGUUGGAGAAAGUCGGGUCGGGAAAACCUCAAUCAUUCGCCAUUUCAAGAACAGGAAAUUUUCAUCCAGCUAUAAUCCGACUUUUGGAGUGGCCAGAACCCAGAUAGAGGUACCAACACCGAACGACAUCUGUGAUCCCAAGGUGAUCUUCCGUUUCUUGGACACCAACGACGUGAUCCUGGAUCGAAAACUGGCCACAACCGUCACGGACAGACUGGACUCUCUCAUGGCCAGCUUCUCUCGUUUCAUCCUUAUUGUUUAUGACGUCACAGAUCACGGAAGCUUCGAGGCCGCCCGAGACUGGAUCCUCGUAGUGAAGAACAUGAUGGAGAUCAGCACUACAAUCAUCCUCGUCGGCAACAAGUGUGACCAGGCUAGCAAGCGCCAGGUGCAUCGAACUGCAGGCGAAGUCUUGGCUCUCAGGCAUGACAUGAUGUUUCUGGAGACCUCAGCCAAAGAGGGCAACAACUUGGAUCAUUUGCUGGCCUAUAUCACAGCUGUGUGA